AAAUCAAGAAGCAAUUGAAUAUAGUAAAAUGUUAACUAAUAUAAUAAAUGAUAUUUUAAAAUUAUUAUAUAUCCGCCUGACUGGCCGAGCCUUUACCUAUGGUCUCGCUUAACAACUUAGUGGUCGUGACUUCAAAUCUCAAGUGCGGUAGAAUUUUCAAUAAAUUAGAUGCUAGUGCUUUAAGUCUUUAAUCUUAGAAUUUAACUCUCUGACCAAAUUAAUAAUAAUAAAAUUAUUAUGAUAAAAAUUAGAGUGCAAUGAACAACAAUUGUGAUAGAUGAACUUGGCUUAUGUUUUUCUUUGGAUCGUCAAGAAUACAUACAUACAAUACAUACAAUACAUAUUAUGAAGAGUACCUUUGUGAGGUUUUUGAUGUUCGCAAAUUUUUGAUUGCUGCAAACUGAUCGAUAAUCCUAGCAUACUUCAUCUUACAAUGUUUUGUGGGGCAAACAAAGAAAAAAAAAAAAGAUAUUGCAUCUCCGGUAACAGCCACUUUAAACAGUUCUAGCCGAAUGGUAAAGAAAUCAAUGACUCCCAAGGUGCAAGCAAAAGUGUUUUCGAAUUUGUUUUCUAAACUAACUUGGCUGAAAAGUACUUGAAAAUAUUUAUAUAAGAUAUCAUUGAUGACCGAAGUUGUUAAUAGUAAUUCAAUAAUAUUUGAUUAGAAAGGAAUCGCAAUCUUUAAUUUAAUUAUAAUUAUGAACUUCGAAAGAUCGCUUAGUAUAUUACUAUUCGCUAAUUUCUCUACAUCAACAACGACAUGAAAAAUUAAACAAAUAAGAUUGUCUAUUAGAAGGUGAAGUCAGAGAUUCCACGAAACACUUAAAUGGAUGUGUAGAGAGUUGACUUCUUUACUCUUCGACAGACGAAGACAGGCGGUCUUAUGAUGAAAUGAAGUAACAGCAUCAUCAAAUUAGUGAUUAUUCAAUCGCUUUUUGACGAAGUUUUUGCCUCUCAUUAGAAUGCAUUCAGGCUCUAAAUAAACAUUUUUUAAAAAGGACUACUUGAUUGAUUUGCUUUAUUUGUUUUUCAAAUUUUCAAUUAUCAAAAAAAUAAUCUUCAACAUACAAAUGAAAUUCAAACUUCCUUUACUCGUUUAAGCAUAGUUUCCGAAAUUAUCAAACAUUAUUAGAUCUGAUCUGACAGGAGAAUCUUCAUGUUUCAAUAGAAAAUAAAAAGAUAAGAAGAUAAAGCCCAAAGGUGCUGUAAAGAAAAAAAAAUUUAAUUUAAAAAGAUCAUCGUUGCCUCUUUACUUUUGUAGUAUAAUAGAAACUGUUAUACUAUAUAUCAUACAAUAUUAUAUAAUAAUGCUUCUUGGUAAAAACGAUAAGGAGUGUUUUAUGCCAUUUGUAGAAUAUUUUAUAUCGCAUUUAUUUAUCAUCGUACAAGUGUCAGUGAAACGGAUUGUGUUCAUUUGACUGGAAAAAUGUGUAACAAUAAAUAAUACCAAGAGAAGUAAACAAGAAACUAAAUAGAACGAAAAAAAAAAAUAAAUAAAUAAAUAAAUAAAAAAGAAAAUGCCAAGAGAAAAGAAGGAAAACCAAGUGCACUAAACCAACAAACAAAGUGUCCUAAAUUUUGUUAAAUCUUCUGAAAUAGUAAACAGACAUAAAGCUGGUUGGUGAUGCCUUGUAAUGUGAUGGCUCAGAUAUAUUUGGCAAUAUUUUAUCACAGAAAAAAUAUGUACAUUAUAGUGCCUGGGGUAAAAGAACUACAAAAAAAUGUUUUUUCUUUUUUGCUUUUCAUAUGAAAUGCUUAAGAACUGAAUCUCUACGUAUGGGAGAUAAACAUAUUAAACCAAACAAAUGAAUAAAAUAAAUAAAGCGAACAGCGAACUGUUUAUGUUAAAAAAAAAAAAAAGAUGAAGCUUCGAUACGCACUAUUCGCGGAAUAUAUUGGAAUAGUAUUUUACUUAAGCGCCCUUCAAUAAUUGUGGACAUAUAAAUAAUGUGUUUAUUGGGGGAACUGUGCGUUUUUAAACACCAGAGAGGCAUCCGUAUGCCUAUAUUUUCAAUUUUCGUUAGAACAUCAAUAAUUAUUUAUUAGUUGUUCAUUUCAAUAGAGUUAUCCGUUAUCUGUUAUCCGUUGGGUUGGCAUUUUAACAUAACCGAAGCCGCUUGUGGAGUGGAGUGUAUUGAGUUUGAGCGGAUAUAUACAACACGCAGGAGAAGCUGAGAUAGACCGACCGUUUACUGAUCUAGUCUGUUCAUCUGGCCGUCUUGUAUUCUUUUGUUCAGGAAUCUACAAUCGAGGUACUUUAAUGAAAUUUGGUACAAGGCUGAACUCUAUUGAAAAUAGCUCGGAUCGGACGACUUUUUGUAGCACUUCACACACAAUGCCUAAUUUUGAAAAUGAGCUGCAUGAAUAUCUAUUGGGUGAUGUAGGGUGUUUAAUGAUGGCUCAUGGCCGACUUUAUUGCUUAUACUUACUUCGUAAUGAGUCUGCAAUUUCGCUUGCUUGACGGCAGCCUAUGUGAUUGAACACCAUGCCUAGUUCUUGAAAACAACAGCUUAUUAAUAUGUAACGGACAGAUUUGUCUCCAGGGUACUGUACUCAGUUGACAUAGACACGAUAGUCCAUAUAUACCUUAAAAAUUUGUUAAUGCACCAUUUUCACAUCUUUUUAGUAAUUAAUUUUGACACUAAUCGUUUAUGAUAUUAUGUUACACGCAGUGUUGUGGUCGAGAUGAUUUUCUUUCGAAAUUUUUUUAUUCUCAGUGAUUUCGCUGUUUAUCUAAACGCGGGUCCGCUGCUAAAUGUAAAAUAUUUGAAUUAGGUUUUAAAAAAACAUCCGUGAGCAUGUUGUUCAGCACCCAAGCACUUAGUUUAAUCAGGUAACAGGGUCAUGUCUCAGCGCGCUACAUUAUUGUACUCUUCUCUUCUUCGAUGUCUUCAAGUCUCUCACUUUCUUUGCGGUAUAUCGGUACUCGAUUCGAUAAAUUGUUCGCUUUCAGAGUUUUCUCUUCUUGAUAUACGACAAAUUCUAACAAAUAUGAAUUUCGUUAUAAAAAGAAAAAUCCUGCUAACGCGCUUCAUAUAGAUUGCUAUAAAAAGAAUGAAAGAUUUAAUGUGCUCUCAUCUCAUAUAACACAAAAGAAAAAGGAAAAUAAUAAAGCCACUACAGGACGGUCUCCAUCGAACUGAAAUUAUAUCAUAAGGAAAACCAAAAAAAAAAAAAAAUUUUUUUUCAAACUUCUUGAACAAACAUAAGAAUAUGUGUUGGAAAAAAUUGCUUUUGCAGCUAUUAUUUAAUCAAAGAAAUUUAUGCAAAUUGAAGACGUAAUGAAAUGCAAAUAUUUAUCUGCAAAUAUGUGCGCUAUCCGGGAAAACUUAUUGAAAGAGAAACUCAAUUAUAAGUUUGCACUUUGUAACAGAUAAGUUCUGAAUAAUUUAUAAUAGUUCUUGCAAGUUAAUCAUUCUCUGCAAUUGCCACAACCUGUUUGAUGUGAUGCUUUAUAACGGUUUCUUUUUCUUUCAUUUUAUACAAUUAUGUGGAAACAUGAUUCGCAAAUGCACAUGAAAAAAAGUGUUGAAAGCAAAAUAUCUCAUAAUUCAAUCCCUUCGUAACUACUCUGAUGAAGUAAUAACAAAAACGCACAAAAACAUUAUAUUCGUUUUUGAAAAAGAACUCAAGGAAAAGAGGAAAUAUUAAAUUUCGUUACAUUGGUGGACAAACGGUGGAAUUUUUUAGUUUUUGUACCGUUACGGUAUUUUGUGGGCGAUCCUGAACCGCAGGAACGUUAUAUCUUCGCAGUACAAGGCUAGUAAAAGAAGCCCAAAAAACCAAAGGUUUUGGUUUAUGGCUGAUUUUGCCCACCUGUACGCAAGCAUUUGCAGUGCCUUUACCUAACUUACAGUAAGCAUAUUAAUUUGUAAAACCGGGAGAUGGUCUACCACGAACUAGCACACGCAUGAACACACACAUCUAACUCUAUUUGUAAUUGGAUAUUGAUUACGAAUAUAUACGCUUUGCAGGGUCUCUGCCGCAUUAAUUUGCGUGUGCAUUUCGAUGCGUAGGGUUAAGUAAAUAGUUGUUUUGCAGCACGAGAAUCAUUCCUUUUCUUUACGCGUGAAUAAAACAAUUAAAAGGAAAUAAAUAAAUAAUAUGAUUUAAAGAAAUUGUCUACGGUACACUCGCUUGAGGGAUUUUGUUCCGGGGCUACCACAACAUCGCAGCGCGAUUUGUUUUUCUUUUUUUUAAUGUUCAAUGGAUUUGUACCAUUUUAUUAUUCAGAGCAUAUUGCUUUAAAUAUGAGAAUAAGAAAAACAUUUAAGAUACGAAAGCAAUCGAAAUAUGUCGACGAAGACAUAUUUCUACAAACAUUUUUUAUAUGUUCUGUAAGUGCCAGAAAAAAGUUGCUCUUUUUCUUCCCUUAAAUAUUUCAACCAAUUUUCACACAUUUCCAUUUCUUUCGCGAGAUGAAUAUAGCUUAUGACCUCUCGAUGCUAGAUGUAAUAGUUGUACUUUAUGGAGAAGCUACGCUUUCUCAAUAGCGUUACAUUUUUGCAAUGAAGAUACGUCAUUAAGGGUCUUAUCAGUCCCUAUAUUGAUAGAGAGUGAAUGUUUCUUGUACAUCUACGUGAUUCAGAAAGAAAGCCAGGUAACGGAGAAAAUGUAAAGAAAGUAAUGUCCGUGUACGUUUGAAUUGCGGGGAAUAUGUGGAGCAAAUAGGAAAACCACUCAGUAGUAGAGAACUACUAUUCCAACGAAGGCCCUUAGUAGCCGUGGUCGAUUGUGCGAAUCGGAAUGAUAGGAAGAGCAGUCCUUGAUAGGUUGGCAAAUAUGUAACAACUUCAUAAACUACGCAUUAGUAGCAUGCAGUUUGACUUACGCUGACGCAUAAGUUCCGGGAUUGUUCUUUUCUGAUUGAUUUUGUAUAAGUAGUAUCCAUUUUAAGAAAUCAUGGGCCGAGCGGUAUGCUUAUACAUCAAAUGUUAAAUUGUCCACAUUUUCGUUUACUCGGAAUUCGCAACCGUUUUGAGACUUUAAAUAAAACCGAGUUUCCUCCUUCGAUUCUUUUAGGACUAUAACCUUUUUACAAAUUGAACCAAAACUUUCUUAAGUAUAUCCAACUAAACUUCAUAUACGUUUAUCUAGCUUCUUCAUAAAUGUUUAUCUAUCAUUUAAUCUUUAAGGAUAAUGUUAUGAGUAUGAGUCCAUGAAGGUUAGACUUUUGAUAACCUCCAGAGCAACAGAAAGGCUCACGCUAUUCGGAAACUAAAGGGUCUUUCGUUAAGAGUGAUAGUCGUUAAGAGAUAAUUUUUUUAUUUUGAAAACCAAACUACUCAACCUAUCAAAGUAAAAUGUGCUUUAUUUUGAAGCUGCUGUUAUCUUUAGAGCAUAAUAUGCGCACGAUAUGUCCAAUUGUUCACCACUCUGUCGUUAGUCUGAUUGUUCGUCUGCAAAUAUUCCAAAUCUGACGCUUUAACCGCCUGAAAAAACCUCCAUGCCAGGCCUGAAUAGAGAAACAAUGAUGGAGCCUAAUUCUCUGGCGAACAAGCGAUAAGCAUCCAAAGGUGAACUGCCGUCUUUUUUUAACGAUUUCUAAACGAUCGAGAAUAGUGAGUCGCUGGAUGAUGAAGCAAAUUAUAUUAGAUAUUUACCCACCUGGAAGCACCAAAAGUAAACAUAUUUGGAACUGAAAAUUACAAUUUUGAAAACUGUCGCUUUCAGCGAAAGACCCAUUAAAACCCUUCUUUCCUUAAGCUUAAAUGAAAUUUUCAUCAUGGGACAAGUUGACUAUUUUCCACUUGCAGUUUUUUUAUUGCUGGUACAGACAAUUUUGUUAAACGUUAAGUAUUUAUUCAAAAUGGUCUCAAAAUAAUGGAUUACGAGGAAAUAGUGGAACUCGAGGAAAUAAAUGCAUAAAACCAGACGAGGAUUGGCGAGGAACACGCAAGCGGAAAAUCACCUGAAUUAAACAGCAAUUAGUUUUCAGUCGGUUGGCAUAUAUAAUUUUUAUUUUUGCUAAAGCACAAUGUUUUUCUGGUCGUCAGUUCAACUGGCCGACCUUCGCCCUGUUUCAUGUUUGAAAUGUCGGAGUAAAAGCUUUUGAAAUUUGCAACUGAAACGUAAUUUAUACUAAAAGACUAUAUUCUCAGCAUAAAUUUUUACAAAAGCUGAAGAGAUAUACAUCCACAGCAACUCUGUCAGUUGCAAAAUUUAGCACAAUAUUUUCACCGUACACUUCAUAAAUUUGUCGGCACGUUUUUGCAGCGUUUUUACCUUUUUUAUACUCAAAAAGCAUCACAUGUUAGAUAUUUCACUCAUCUUCAAAGAAAGUAAAGAAUUAGAAAACUAUCUUAACAAAAAUUGAAAGCUGAAAUGUCACCUUUUCAGCACAUGUUCGUUUGAGACAAUAAGAUAAAUGUUGCCCGAUAUAACAACGUCAAUACCAUCUAUAGGCAAAAAAUCGCGGAAACCUUUUAUAUCAAUCAUUAUUUAAUGCACCUAUCUAAAAAGUCCUGAUUUGCUAAAAGUGUGGAAGAGAAUACAAUUUUCGUGACUGUUUAUCAGCAUUUUGCGGAAGUAAUUCAUUGAAAACUGCUUUUAAAUAUUUAGAAACUUGACCUUUAAAAUUUUUUUUUUUUUAAUUUUCUAAACCAAGAGGGAUUACCUGCUUAAAGUGCUCAAGUCUAUUAAAAUUUAAAUUUUUAGUUUUAUAAGCGAAAAAUGUACCUAUCAUUCUUAGCAACUAAGUGCUUAAGUUGUGGUUGCUUCAAACUUAAUUUAAUUAUAUUGGAAAUAAAAGACACAAGCUUCCCCAACCACAAGGAUAUAAAAAAAUUUUUUUUUUAUAACCGAAGAGUUGUGUUCAAAUGAAUUCUGAAAGUUUGCUUAACGUGAAAAAUAAACAAAAUUGCAAAAACUUGUUAGUAUUAAUAAAGUUCUACUUUGUAUUUUAUAGAAAAGAAAAAUAGAAAAAAAAAAGAAAAAAACACUGACACACUUAAACUUUUUCUCAUAUUAUUUAUGGCUUUCAACACAACAAACAAAAAGAAGAGAGUUUUUUAGCUUACCUUGUUCAUACAAGCUAGAAUAUUCACCUCUAUUCUACCUUGUUAUGUUGGAAAUGUAAAAAUAAAUAAAAAUCAAAUAAAGAAAAAAAAAACACAGCAAUCCUAAAUAGACAAGUGUUACAAGAAGAAAAAUUAAACGUAGAUGCAUACAAAUUAUGUGAAUAUUUUGGCAAAAUCUGCAAAUAUUUAGAUAUAAAAUUUAACAAAAAGACUAAAUGUGUUUUGAAUGCUCGUAACAAAAAAAAAAAGGAGAAAAUAGGAAGCGAACGAGAGAAAUGAAGUUUUGAAAAUAAUUUUAAUAGCAGCUAAAUAUAAGAACAUAACCGCCAAGAACUUUAAAAGCAACAGCAAUAAUAAGACCGACAAAAAGAACAUUCACAAACGUCGUAGCCACAGUAGCAGCUGCGUCAGUCGACAGCCAUUACAGCGAAAAUUACUUAAAACAGCUCCCCAAAGAAGAAUAUCCGCCUAGCAACAACUACACCGCAGGGAUCUAUGCUCUAACUUUAGUCAAAAGAACAACUGCAGCAUUUACAAUGAGCACAAAAACAUUUCUAACAUCGCUCUUAUUAUCAGCAUAAGGGUCUGCAAUACCAGCGAGUAUCAACAAAAACAUCAAACAACCGAACAAACGGUUGGCAACGGCGACACCAAAAGCCAGUCAUGCUGCAUUAAAAUGCCCCUAAGACGUUUAAUACUAGCAUUGUUGGCAACUGUCAUCUGUGCCAUGGAGUUAAGCGUAUGCGAUGCCAAAUUGCCUCAACAAUUAGUGACACUUUUGUGGCAACAUAACGCAACUGUAUCUAAGGAAAAUCCAAAUAAAUCUUCCAAUAGAACAAACAGUUUGAAGACUACACCUGCCAGAACAACCACAACAACAGAAACAACAGCAUCAUUAGCAAUAAGCGGCCUUGCUGGUCUAUCAUCACAUACACAUGACUUGGUCGCAACACCAAGCCUAUCAACGUCAUUAUCGUCAACUUUAAUAAAAAAUAACAAAAAUUUACUCGACUUGUAUGCAUUGACCCCAGCUGUUGCGAGCUUAGAAUCUGCCGCUUUGAUCGAAGAACAGCCAUUAACACAAAAUUCGAUAACGACAAAUUUACCACAACCCAUUACAAUACAAGAACAACAACAAGAACAAUUUACAACAACAUCAUCUGCCGCCUUCUCACCGAUAACUAACCCAAAUUCCGAUUACUCUGAGGAAUGGUUUUAUUCAUUGCCUCCAAAUGCACUAAGCACUGACGUUGAUAGUGAUGCUGGCACUAGCGAUUUACCGCCAUUGGAUGAAGAACAACAAGCAAUAGCUGAUUUAUUAACCAAAGGAUUUUCUAUACCAACGUUUUUACCACCGUUUCCGGUUUUUGCUGUAGCCGAUUUACCUGCCUAUUUGAAUUCGGUAUCGACAACUACAACAGCCACCACCACUACCGCAGAUACCACAUUCGAACAAUCAGCUUUAAUGCCGAAUCUGUUUAAUAGCAAUACACAAGAGCAGCAUUUAUUUUUGGACAAUUCACUAACAGGCAAUGCGCACAUAUAUAGAAACUCGACUAUGGCAACAACAACAAAUAUAACCGUACAAAUGGGCAAUCAUGCCUACAUGCCAUGCCAUAUUCAUCGUUUACAAAAUAAGCCCGUGUCAUGGGUACGUUUGCGUGAUGGUCAUAUAAUCUCGGUGGAUCAAACAACAUUUAUAGCUGAUCAACGUUUUCAGGCUAUCUAUCAAAAUGACAAUGAAUAUACCUGGUCGCUGCAAAUCAAAUACGUUCAUCCGAGUGAUGAGGGCUGGUAUGAGUGUCAAGUUAGCGUUGAACCCAAAAUGAGUGCAAAGGUUUAUUUAAAAAUUGUUGUGCCACUCACCGAGUUGAUUGGUGAUCAAAAUCGUUUUGUUAAGGCUGGCAGUAAGGUGGUGUUGCAUUGUAUAGUACGCGGUACCCUAGAUCCGCCACAAUACAUUAUAUGGUUUCGUGACAAAGCGCAAAUCGGCGACGAUAACGGCAUGGGCUGGUAUUCACAAUUGGAUCGCAAUAUAUUUGGAAACAGCGAGGAUAAUCAGAAUACGAUUGGUUCUUUAAUUAUACCCUUUGUACGUAAAAUGGAUUCGGGUAAUUACACUUGCCAGCCAUCAAACAGUGCUUCUGUUUCGGUACAUUUACACGUUUUAAGUGGUGACUAUUCAGCAUCUGCCAUAAUGUCUACUGGCAACAAUUAUACCCUGAAUUCUUACUAUCUAUUGCUGUUACUGCUGUUAAUGUCCUUCUAUAAAACGUGACUGGACUUUAAAUGCUAACUAUAUAAAAUUAACUAACCAUUUCGGUAUAACACUUAAACAUUAUAAAGAGUUAGUGGUAACGCAAUCAUGUGUACAUAUACAGAAAAGCGAUUAAUUAAAAAUAAUUAAAAUUAAUUUUUAAGAAGAACUGCAGAAAAUUUGUGCGGAAAUUUGUACUAUAGGAAUUUAAAAAGAAAUAUGAAAGAAAAAAUUAAAAGUUUUUUACAAAGCUCUCCAAAAAAUUCUAAACAUCUUAAACUCAAUACAGCUUUCAACAGAAUACCUAACAAUCAAUAGAACAAAGGGGUCUUAGGGCCAAUCUUAUAUACUCGCCACUCGAAGCAAAUAUAUCAAAAUUCAAUUUUUUUUCUUAAUUUCUGUGAUGCCAAUGGAUUUGAGGCGGGACGAAACGAAACACAUUUAUUUAGAUUUAUAUUUGACUUUUGCUUCAACCAUACAAACACUGGACCAAUUUCCGUUUUAUGCCCUACACCACUUGUGCUAUAACGUAUAUUAAGUUUAUGCCUACAAAUAUUGCCCGAGUAUAACCCGAAGAAUCAAGAUAAAUUCAUCUUCUAUUAUAUCGAUCGAUUUAGAAAAAUUUUCUGAAUUUUCCCUUUGCUUUUCUCUGUCUCAUAUUCUUGGGUCCAAUUUACGGGACUACAUUUUUGAGAUAUUUUGAUGAAAUUCUGUACAUCGACUUGUUUUGUAUCAAGAACGAAUAGU